AUGGCUCCCUCAAAACGAACCAAGAGGCCUGGAUUGUUGUCCACUGGUCGGCCUCCAAUCGCCAAAUCCAAAGAUGCCGCGCUUUCAGCUAAAGCAACCCGUACUUUGAUUCGCUCUCAUCACAGGCUCCUUAAAACCAAGGCUCAGGCUCUCAAAGCCGGCGAUGAAGCCCGAGUGAGCAGCAUUGAAGCUCAAAUCCAAGCCAACGGCGGUCUGGAAAGCUACCAGAUCGCCAGUAAACUGGGCCAGUCCAUGGACCGAGGCGGCGAUUCCAGCAAAGUGCUCAUCGAUUGGAUCCAGCCAGAGUUGAAGCAAUUCAACAAGGGGAUGCCGAAGCUCCGAGUUCUUGAAGUAGGAGCUUUGAGCACAAAGAAUGCUUGCUCUAUGAACGCCGCUCUGGAUGUUACGCGCAUCGAUCUGAACUCGCAGGAGCCCGGGAUCCUCAAGCAGGAUUUCAUGGAGCGGCCUUUGCCUUCUAGCGACGAUGAAAAAUUCAACAUGAUCAGCUUGUCAUUGGUGCUGAAUUACGUUCCCGAUGCCGCAGGGCGAGGAGAAAUGCUCAAGCGCUGCGUUCGGUUCUUAACUACGAAAUCCGCAUUUGAAUUUGUGCCUCGUCUCUUCCUGGUACUGCCCAUCGCAUGCGUGGAUAAUUCGCGUUACCUAAACGAAACAAGACUAGGAGAAAUCAUGAACUCCCUAGGUUUCCAUCUUACACAAAGCAAACGGACCUCGAAGUUGGUGUUCCAUCUUUGGGAACAUACCGGUGAAUACUCACCAAGGGCUUUCAAAAAGGAAGAGUUGAGAUCUGGCAAGACGAGAAACAACUUUGCGGUCAUUAUCAACAAAAAGUGA